AUGGAGAAGGCAUGCAAGGCUUCGCGGACGUCAGUUUCAGGGUCCCGAUUGGAUGCGACACUGAAUUCCGCUGAAUCGCUGGGCCUUCAGCCGCACCAGGAAGCCUACCAGCAGAUCUCGGUUCCGAAGACUUGGAUCGGAACUUCGAUGGGCAAGCUCGCUGUGCACCCGCCUCUGCCAGCGCCGCCACCCGUUGCGGUGGCCCUGCCGACCUGUUUCCAGCUCGUGCCCGGGGCCACCACUGCCACCGUGGUGGCCAAGGACUCGAAGCGUGUCGGGAAAAGCAAGAUGCACAGGGAUCUAGGGAGCAGCACCGCAUGA